AUGGCCGCCUCCAAAAUGGCACACUCGUCGACCUUGCGGCCUGUAGCAGGAAUGCAGAGGUGUCCCCAACGGGCCUGUGCGGCGCUUCCGCGACUGCCGGGUCUCAGCGGCAUGGGCUCCGCCAAGCCAGGCUCGCGGUCCCUGCCAAGAAGCAGCGGAAACCAUAGGCAAAAGGUGCAGGUGGAAAUUCAUGCGCUCAAGCGGACAAGUGCCGAAACCAAGGAGAGCACUGUGGUUCCUGAGCCAUCAUACAAUGUCCCGAUUGGACUGCUUGUACUUUCUGUUCUUGGUGUUGAAAAUGGGCAGCCCAUCUUUGCUGCGGUGACAGGGGCACUUGGCCUUCUCCUGGCCUAUCAAGCAGCGAACUUGAAGUUCAUGUUCACAACAAAGGAAUUGGUGAGUAGAUGCUGCCACCCCAGCCUGCCUUAUUUCCGCAGCCUACAUGCUCAUCAGCAUCCAUGCACCAGGCACCUGGCUCAGUUCUUCACUGCCUGCUGUCAAUAA